CCGCGAUACAUGUGACAAUAAACUGAACUGAAACUGAAAAUAAAAAUAAAUUCAGAACCUCAGUGACAAUCUGAGAAGGAUUUUGAUUAAAUCCAUCCCAUGGUAUUGACGCAAGUUUCACGAGCUCAGACGUGUGUAUUAGCUUUAGUCAAUGGCAUCAGAAAAACGCAAGAGAUUUAAAUAGAAUAAAAGAUCCCUCGAUAAUCCCAAUCCACUUGAGUCAUGCUCACUUAUUUAAACUAAUCACAUAGGGAGGAGAGGACACUUAGAACAGCUUAAAAUAAGUGCUGUACGCCUUUGGUACUCAGCCUAUUACGAGGGAGGAGCAGAAAUGUAACGUUUCUGUCAAGGGAGCGCUUGAAUAUCCAUUAGAUGUUUCCUGACUUGGAAUCUGAAAUAUUUACUCUGACAGGAAACAGACUUCACCGCAGCUGGCAUCCAGCACAAGACCUGCUUCAUAGCGUCUAACAGAUUGGUUUCAGAUUCGAGGGAUCAGAGCCAGUUUUAAAUGCUGACUGUUUCUCACUGGGACGAGGUGCUGUGAAGGAGACAGCGCACUGGAGACUUGUACUGGAUCUUAAACCACAGAACAGAAGCAGUCACAACAUACUCAGGGCGAAAGAAGAAAAAAGAUUUUGGAAGAACACAAAAUCAUGGGAUGUGGUAAUUCUAGAGUUAAAUUUAAAUCAACGAAGAAGGUAACAAAAGAACAUCACCAAUGCACAGCUGGGACAGCUAUCAGGGCAGCCAUUCUCAUCCAGCGGUGGUAUCGGCAGUACGCGGCACGGAUGGAGGUACGCAGGCGGUGUACCUGGACCAUUUUCCAAUCCAUCGAAUAUGCAGGGGAGCAGGACCAGAUCAAGCUCCAUAACUUCUUCAGCUGUUUGAUGGACCAUUUUACUCCGGCUAGUGGCAAUGAGCAAGGUUUUAUUUCCCACAUUAUUACUCAGACAGAUGAGACAUGUAAGGAUAAUCAGUCCGCCUAUGAUAACAUCGAGGUUUCAGACGCUUACGUUGGCCCCCAACUCUGUUUCCCUCUGACGCCUGCACAUGUCACUGCCUUACUAGAAGCCUUCAAAGAAAAACAACAGCGACUUCAUGCUCGCUACGUAUUGCAACUUCUGAAUGAGACCAGGAAACAUCUGGAGCAUUUGCCAAACAUCAACCAGGUCUCUACCUGCUACAGUAAAGAGAUCACCAUUUGUGGUGAUUUACAUGGAAAAUUGGACGAUUUAUUUUUAAUAUUCUACAAGAAUGGACUUCCAUCCCCAGAGAAGGUGUAUGUCUUUAAUGGUGACUAUGUCGACAGAGGCAAGCACUCUAUAGAGAUUCUGCUGAUCUUGUUUGCUUUUCUACUCGUCUAUCCAAAAGGAGUCUACUUAAACAGAGGAAACCAUGAAGAUCAUAUCAUCAAUUUAAGAUAUGGUUUCACGAAGGAAGUGAUGCAAAAAUACCAGGUGCAUGGAAGUAGAAUAUUGAAAUUACUACGGAGUGUUUUCAGUUGGUUGCCUUUAGCCACUGUUAUAGAUGAGAAGGUGUUGAUUAUACAUGGGGGCAUUUCAGAAACAACAGAUUUGAAUUUUCUGCGCAAGAUUGACAGACACAAGUACGUUUCAAUCCUGAGGCCGCCUGGAAGAAGGAGAAUUGAAUGGCACAAGCAUGCUUCAGGGCAGGAGCAGCUCUGUGGUGAGAGUAGUGAGCAGAACGUGAGGCUCAAUCAAACACCAAAGAAGAAUACAGACUCAGAUGUCCUUCGACUUCAUUCUCACACGAACAACACGAGCAAGAGUUCUAGCACGUUAUCCGUAAAGAAAAAAGAAAUCACGAAGCGAGUGCAUCGCUCGGUCGAUGAGGAAUUAGAAAAAUGCCGUAGACAAGUAGGCUUCAGCAACGUGUAUGGAGAUUCUAAGUCACUGACUGGGUCAGAUUCAGACUCAGAUGAGCAUGAAAGGAGGCAGAUCGUGGACAUUUUAUGGAGUGACCCGAUGCACCAGGAAGGCUGCAUCACAAACUCAGUCAGAGGAGGUGGAUGCUACUUUGGACCUGAUGUAACAGAGAAGAUUCUACGCAAACACAAUCUGCAGCUCCUGAUCAGGUCCCAUGAGUGUAAACAAGAGGGCUACGAGUACUGUCACAACCAAAAGGUCCUGACUAUAUUUUCUGCUUCAAAUUAUUACGAAAUUGGCAGCAACAGAGGAGCUUAUGUGAAGCUCGGGCCUGAUCUCAUUCCUCACUUCGUGCAGUAUCAGGUCAAUCAAAGUACACGCAAGCUAACCCUGAGGCAAAGGGUGAGCAGAGUUGAGAGGUCAGCACUGGGAGCUUUACGGGAGAAAAUAUUUGCCCACAAAUCGGACCUCAUUAGUGUUUUUGAGCAUUAUGACAAGAAUAAAACAGGUAACAUUUCCUUGAAUGACUGGGCAAAUGCUCUGGAAUCCGUCUUGGCUCUGGGUCUGCCUUGGCGCGUUUUACGAUCCCAACUUGUGCCCAGUGCUCCUAAUGGGCUUCUGAAUUUUCACCUAUGGUUCGAUGACCUUGCGAUAGAGAGACCCAAUGCACAGUACAUACAACCCAGCUUACUAGAAACGCUUUACAAAAGCAGGUCUGAGCUGGAGACUAUUUUUGGAAUUAUCGACAGCGACAACUCUGGCCAGAUAUCAUUUGAGGAAUUUCAAAAAACUUGGCAACUCCUGAGUUCUCACCUGAAGAUCGAGAUAAGUGAUGAGGCGAUCAGCGACCUGGCUCGCAGCAUGGACUUCAACAAGGACGGAAGCAUUGACAUCAACGAGUUCCUUGAAGCUUUCCGUCUGGUCGAUAAAUCCAAUUACAAGGACUGAAUUAAGAACAGAACUGCUGGAAAUACAUGUCAUGGCACAUUGAUUAUUAACUUCCACAUCUACAUUUACUUUGUGUCCAUCACACCUUUUCUAAUGUCACGUUCCAUACAAUUUCUUUAUCAUCAGCCAAGUGUUCCUCUUUAAUGCCCACACCCCAGUCCAUUCAAUUUCCUGCAUUUAUCAUUGCACCCAUUUCCUCAUUAUUGGAGAAAUGGAAUAGGUGACGUUUCGGGUCGAGACCCAUUCAUCAGACUGAAGGGUGUUGACCCAAAACGUCACCUAUUUCUUUUCUCUAGAGACGCUGAGUUACUCCAGCAUUUUGUGUCUAUCUUUGGUGUAAACCAGCACCUGUAGUCCCUUCUUACAAGUUAUUCUUUAUUGCAUGGCCUGCCUCACCCUAAUAUUAUCCAUUUUCUGCAAUUAUCAUUGUACCCAUUUCUUCCCCCCCCCCUCCACCUUUAAAGGGUUUUCUUGAACUUCAAUCGAGACUAUCAUCAAUUUAUCCUUGAACAUUUAUUGAAUCCCAGUUAUGAAGUACAUCUCACCUUGUCCUUUGGGUAGGAAGGAAUGCAGAUGCUGGUUUAAACCAAAGAUAGAUACAAAAAGCUGGAGUAACUCAGCGGGACAGGCAGCAUCUUUGGAGAGAAGGAAAGGUGACAUUUCGGGUCGAGAUCCUUCUUCAGGCUUCAGACUGACAGACGCUACCCGACUCGCUGAGUAUUUCCAGUGUUUUCUAUUUUUAUUUAAGAUUGCUAGAAUCUACAGUAUUUUGCUUUUGUAUAAUUAAUUUCACAAUGGACGGACAACUGAACCAAAUUGAUUAAGUAAACUACAUUGUCAUAUUGACAUACAGAUACAUUUAGAUGCGCCUUAAACAAAAGUAAACAAGCACAUUGAAUCCCAAAAGAGAAUUAUCAGCCUUGAUCCAACAGCAUAGGCCUUUUUUUCUAAUUUAACAUCAAGUUUAGUUCUACAUUUAUCUUGCUAUGUUUAUAAAAACAUAAAGCAAACACUAAUCAUUAUCUGUGCCUGAAAGGUUUUACUCAAAUGUGCCAGUGAUUAAUUUCUGUAUUAUUGAGAAAAUUCUUUGAUUAAAAUGAGGUCAUUGCAAAGACUUUGUGUGAUGUGUGAAACUUGCUUGAAUGAGUGGAAACCCAAGUUAAAGCGGGAUUCCCAAAACCCUCCAUCGUGUUUCAUUAAUGUGACAAAAAAAGAGAUCCAACAGUACUUCAAUAGCCACACUGAUAUAUGGACCAGGAUCCUUGCAGAGGGUAAUAUAUAUCACAUCAUUCAUUUAGUGGAUUUUUCCAGAUAUUCAAUGAAAACAUUUGAUCUGGUGUGAAAAGUGAUAUUUAUCCAUUUAACUUCGCAGACCACCCAUUUCAAGCCUCAAUGAGACAAGAAGUCACCCCAAAACCACAUAUGGUUAUGUCACUUUUCAUACAUUGUGGUGCUUGGAAAAUUGCAAUUUCCAAUGUUCUCCUACAUUGAGAAAGGGCAAUGAAACGUGACCACCAGCACGAGAUUUAAGUUGGACUCGACCAAAAGCACCGUGAUAUUAUUUAAAAAAUGCCUUAGUGAGAACUGCGAGAGGGAAUGCAAUAUUAUAGUUUUCAGUAUUGGGACACAUGUACAUAUAUUAAAAGUUUUGCCUUUGCAAUCCUCAUGGUCCUCAAAGCAAGAAUCAAACAAUUGCAACCAGUUGGAUAAUAACAAAAAUAAGCACAUUUUAUUAGUAGAAAGCUAAUGGCAGCCUCACCAACAACCUGUCUCGUCUUUCUUCUUUUGGUGUUUUGGUCUGUGUUUACUUGUACGUCUUCAGUGUACUUUUAGUUUUUAUAUUAUGUGGGGGGGGGGGGGGGGGAGAACCUUU